AUGAUUACCUCCCUUUUCAUGGCGGUCAUCUCUGCAGCCGCCCUCUUUCUCCAUGCUAUGAGAUACCAGCCUUUCUCUAUCGAUCCGAGAAUCUACCUUCUCGUUGCUGCUCUCGUUUCCCUGGGCGUCAUGGUCUACAAAAUCCUGAUUUAUCCAUUUGCGGUCUCCCCCUUGCGGCAUCUACCAACCCCAAAGGGACAUUGGUUGCUUGGCCAGACGGUCAAGCAGUUCCGCGCCAACAGCCCCCACGGAGCGGCCGUUGAUUGGAUGUUGGAGUUUCCGGAGGCAGACCUCAUCCGGCCCUUGAUGCUGGGGAAUAGCGAGUCUAUCCUUGUCUGCAGUCCCCGGGCGCUGAAAGAAGUCACCCAGACGCACUGCUAUUCCUUCGUCAAACCGAAGUUUCUUGCCCGUACCGCGGAGGGCAUCAUUGGCAAGGGGGGCAUCUGCUUUGCUGAGGGAGAUGUCCAUCGCCAGCAGCGAAGAUGUUUCAACGUUCCCUUUCUUGUGAAGAAUGUCAAAAAGUCGAUGCCGGCAAUGCUGGCCAAGGGAGAACAGCUAGCCAACGCCAUAGGGGAAACGGCCACUGGCAACGACGAUAUUGUAGAAGUAUCCUCGCUUAUUUUAAAGGCUACUAUUGACAUAAUAUCCAAGGCCGUCAUGGGCUACGAGGUCGACAGUCUCGCCGAUGCAUCCAAGUCAGAGUUCUACCUGAGAACGAUGGAUGUCAUGCACUUGUCGACCACUGACCAGAUAAUGCUCGCCUUGGACAACUUCUUUCCGGCUCGCAAGUGGAUCCCCAUCGAGGCCAACCGCCGCUUCUUACAUGCAGGUAAGGUCAUCAGCGAGUUACUCACUGAUCAUGUCAGGAAAACCAUCGCCAGAAUCAGGCAGGAGCCGGAUGCCGAGAAGGACCUCGAUAGCAACCAUACGGAUAUCUUCACCAUGAUCGUACGGGAGUUGAUCGAAAGGGGAGAUCCUUUAUCCGAAGAGCUUUUAGUUUGUCAGUUACGAACUCUCAUGGUGGGAGGACAUGAAUCUACCGCCAACUCAGUUGUCUGGUGCCUCCAUAUGCUCGCUAUUCACCCGUCUGUCCAGACCCGUCUGCGCGCAGCCAUACGCGAAGUGAUCACAGAGGACUCGUUCACCUACGAAUCAGUAAACUCGAUCGACUACUUAGACUGUGUCAUUAAAGAAGUCACCCGCCUCUACGCUUCGUGUAAGGCAUCCCUUCCGCUCCAUCAUGAAUUUGUAUGCUCACCUCUACUAACACUGAGCAACCAGUCGUGUCUAUGCUGCGCACCCCUAUACAUGACAUCGAGAUAUGCGGCACUCUCAUACCCGCUGGCACUCUGCUAA